UAGUUAAAAGGGUCCCGGGCAGAGGCGCAGAGCGUGUGCGUGUGCGCGGGUGCGAGGCUGAGCGUCCGAUCGCCACCGGCUGGGGGACGAGUGAAAAGAGGGCGGAUGCCGCAGAACGUGGUCCUGCACGGUCCGGCCCCCUGGGGCUUCCGCCUGGCGGGGGGCAAGGACUUCAACCAGCCGCUGACCAUCACCAGGAUCACUCCUGGCAGCAAGGCAUCCCUGGCCAACCUGUGUCCCGGCGAUGUCAUCCUGGCCAUCGACGGGGUCCCCACUGAGGACAUGUUGCACUGUGAGGCCCAGACCAAGAUCAAAGAGUCCACCAACCAGCUGAGCCUGAGGAUCGAGAGGCCGGAGACGAAGCUGUGGUCCCCGUUCGUCACAGAGGGCGAUAAUCCCAACCCUUUCAAGGUGAACCUGGAGGCGGAGCAGCAGGAAUCGAAGCCGAUUGGCUCGGCUCACAACCGGAGGAGCCAGCCGUUUGUGGCAGCAGCCAACAUCGACGACAAGAGGCAGGUGGUCAGCUCGUCCUACAACUCGCCCAUAGGCCUGUACUCGACGGGCAACAUCCAGGACGCCCUGCAGGGGCAGCUGCGGGGCCUCGUGCAGAGCAAGCCGGAGGGCACCAGCCGUCUGUCGUCUAUCGAGGACUCGCACGUGUACCGCAUGCUGCAGGAGAGCCAGGAGGAGACGCACGUGCCGCGCCAGUCGGGCUCCUUCAAGGCCCUGCAGGAGUUUGUGGACAGCGAUGCAGGUACCCGUCCCUUGGUCACCAGAUCGGUGAAGGCACCCGUCACAAAGCCCCCGCCACCUGCAGGAACCCUCCAGAAGCUGCCCCUCUGCGACAAGUGCGGCAACGGCAUCGUGGGGACGGUUGUGAAGGUGCGAGACAAGUUCCGCCACCCCGGCUGCUUCGUGUGCUCCGACUGCGACGUGAACCUCAAGCAGAAGGGCUACUUCUUCGUGGAAGGGCAGCUGUAUUGCGAGACCCACGCCCGCGCCCGGACGAGACCCCCGGAGGGGCAUGACCUCAUCACCACCUACCCCAACAAGUAGCGCCCCCAUCGAACCCAAUUCAGCCAAACUGCAGUCUGUCCUGACCUCAGCCCAGCCAGUGAAAGCUGGUUCCUCUUUUUUGACACUAAAAUGCGACGCUUUCGUGUUCCUUUCAGCCGAAGACAAAUCGAGGAACUACGGUCACACACCCGUCUGCAGUUUGGCUGAAUCGUGGCACUGAGGAUCGUGGGUGGCACCGCAGUUUGCUCGGGUCGCUGUGUUUCCGACACGUCCCAGAAGGUCGGUCCACACAAGGUUCCCUGAAUGAGUAAGAGCUGCUCGGGUGAACGGUCACACACACCGGAGGAGCUCGUAGGAGAGCGGCACAUUGUCCCUGACGACAACACACUCUUCUCACCACGCUCACACACCACCACCGCACGCUGCCCUCGGCGACUUGCUCCCAUUUGUUCUCUAAAUCGGUCUACGCAGGCGAGCAGCUCAGACUCGCUUCGCACUGCAGACAAAGGUAAAAAUCAAGACGGGCGAAACCGUGCUUCACCGGGAACUAAACCGACUGUCAAGUUGCAUAUUGAUCACCAGUAUUUCUGCAGGGUUUUGCCGUAAUGUCUGUAUCGACUGUGCAAGUAAUGCUACAGAUUAUGAGUUUUGCUUUUGUGGACUUUUCACUGUAGAUAAGUUGUUCCUUUAUGUCUUGCACUCCUACUCUUCUAAAUAAAGCAACAUCAGUUCCACCUGC